CCCCCCCCCCCACAUACAGCUCCAACUGCACAUAUCACUUUGAGAGAGUGAUCCUGAUCCUGGAUGAGUGCCAGUAUGUGAAAAACAUGCGCACUCGGGCCCAUCAAAGCAUUGCACAAAUCCCUUGCAAUGCUUUGUUUGGACUCACGGCUACCCCCAUGUGGAACCGGAUCCUGGACCUCUAUAGGUAUUGCAGUCUGCUCGCUGGGCAUCUCUCGGUAGACUUUACCGAUGAUGAUCCAACUGGAGGCCUUCCUGGUCCUGACGAGGUGCGCUUCGCUGACCUUCGAUCCCUGUACAAAGCCUGGUCCGAUGUGACGACUCUCCCAGAGGACUUUGAUGAGAUUCCCUAUGAGCUGCUGAACCCGGUAGUGCUCAUGCGGCUCACAGAGGACACUGGGGGAGAGGUCACUACGCAGAUUGGAUACGAGGCAUAUCCAUUCCUUUUCCGGGCUUGUAUCAUGCAGCGGUCUAUGGGAGACCAAGUUGUCGAUCAAAAUAGACAGUUGGUUGUUAUCGGCUCGGAGAUCCCCCCCUCCGGGUCAUGACACACGAAGUCCGUUAUUCUCAGCAGGAUCAAAAGUACCACCAGGCGGAAUACGACCACUACGUCGAGGACUUGCAUAAGGGUGGUGAUAACAGCGCCGCUGAUGCUUCCUCGCCUGGUGGUCGUAUCAACAUGGGCAAUCUUCGUGCGCUUUGCUUGGCAGCGUUUAGCCCCUUACUUUCAAAGUAUCUGGAUAGCGCUACCCACGCACAGACGCUGAGUGAGUUUGUCGGCCGCCUCGUCGAUGGACCGGAUCAUGGCUUUGAAGCAUUCUUCCUAGCCACAUGCAGAGACAUCUCCAUCUCGCGCCUCAAGGGUGCGUCGGAGCAAGCCUAUUAUCUCUGUAGGCGAUCCCCACGUCUCAGCAUGCUCCUCUGCUUGACUUGGAGGGUGCCUUUUCUCCCCCCCCCCCCCC